AGACACCUACUGUGGCAGGACUACCAUAGAGGUGGUUUGGAGAAAUUUGGCAGGUGUCUGUCUGUCUGUCUGUCUGUCUCACUUUCUUUGGACAGAUUUCUGUCAGAUUUUUUCACAGUUGUGUAGAAAAAUAUUGACAUCAUCUUAAAAUGAGGCUUUACAUGGUCAAACAAAAAAUACCAACCCCCACACACAAGGUUUGCAAAGUUUAAUCAGGACUGGAGUUUGUGUUGUUUUGUAGGUGAGGACGUCAAUGCAGCACAGACAGUGUGGGACUUUGUUUAAAGAUUUACACAUUCCCUGGCAGUGUUAAAACAUUUGAUUUGGGCAAUCUUCCUACAAAGAAUUUACAGAUUAUUUGUAUCAUUUCAUUAAUCUUUGUUGCUUCAGUCUUGAAAAGAAGAAUAUCCUGCACACUGCUCUUGCUCAGCAUCACAGAUUAUUGAUCAUCUUAAUGUUUAAGUCUCUCAUAAAUAGAUAAUGCUCCACUGUAUUUAAGAUGAUGGUUGUAAGGACUGUUUAAAAUACUUCUGCCAAAGAGAAGGAGAUAUUACGCAUAAACAGAAGUGCUUUUUCAGUCACAUUAGAGAAAUGGGAUAAAUGCAUGCAACUUUUUGAGUAAAAUCUGCCGGUUUAAUGUAUUUGUCUUAUUUCUAUAACUAAACUUAUUGUUUCAGGGUAGCAACAUUUUUGUUUUUAAACCGAUACUUGCCUUUUCUGAAGGUUUUUGCCCCACAGUCAUUGGGUUAGGGUAAGUUGUGGGAAUGCCAAAAAAAUAAAAAUAAAAAUUAAAAAAAUGAAAAUAAAAACAAUUUCCUUUUGAAUGUGCAGUGUCCCAAACUUGUAUAUGAUGCAUAAUGUAACACCAUGACAUCAUAACUGUAUUAAAAUGUGGCAAUCUGAGCAGAGGGGCAGUAACAGUCAGUAAAGUGAAGAAAACUUCCUCAAAACGUUUCGCAAACAAGCGAACAAACAGAGUGAAAUCACUCCGCAGAACUUGUUGUGAGGAGAAGAGACCAGAAAGGAGAACAAGACAGAAAGAGGUAAAACACAUUUUAAAGCUGUUUAAAAGCUGUUUAUGACGUAAGAUAAAUAUCUUAUGUCAUAAACAGCUUUUAAACUGUUGAUGGAAGAUGUUGAAAUUAUAAUUCUGUCUACCACCAUCAGGUCUGUUGAACUGUUGUCAAAUGUAUUGUAGUAAUGUUUAUUCAUAUAGCACCUCUAGAACAGAUGUCACACAGGGCUUUACGAUGAAACGUUAGCAACACCCCGCAGUGGGCAAACUUGUUCAAGUAACCACAAAUAGAUGAAUAUGCAGAAAUGUGUAUUUGAAAGUGGACUGACAAAUGUGGAGCUUUCUUUAUUUCAGUUUCAUCAACUGAACUUCCUGCACAUUUACUGUACUUUGUGUAAAGCUUGUCCUGCGGAGAGAGAGGGACUGACCAUCUCAAGUACCAGGUCAGGAUGUUUGUUCUCAUCUGGGUGACCCUGGUUUUCAAUGCUGAUACAGGUGCAUCAGUGGGAGGAAGACAACAAUGUUCAGGCUAUCCAUAUGGAUACUGUAUCACUCUGCCUGAAGGAGAAAUAACAGCUGAGGCCGGACUCUGUGUUGUGAUACCGUGCUCUUUCACUACAAGUUAUAGCUUUACACCCCAAAAGCUAGUUUGGUACAAAUGUGAACCAACUGAAGAAAAGUGUAGUGAUUUAGACAUGAUAUUCCACACUAACAAAAACAACAUAAAAAUUCAGUCUGGGUUUAGAGGGCGAGUUUCACAGUUGGAGCCUGAUGUGAGUCAGAGGAACUGCAGCAUCAUCAUCAAUGACCUGAAGGAGUCAGACUCUGGAUCAUAUCAAUUCAGAGUUAAUGGUCUUCUGUAUGGAACAGCAGAUGGAUUUACAUACUCUCCAAGGGCAACUGUCUCUAUUAAAGCUCUGAGUCAGAAGCCCAAGGUGGUGAUUCCUCUGACAGAGGGACAGCAGACCACACUGACCUGCACUGCUCCUGGUCUCUGCUCUGGAUCUGAUCCUCAAAUCACCUGGACGUGGAGAGGAGCAGGAGAGAAGGACUCCCACAUCACAGGAAACAUCACUGAUUUCAAGACUGAGAGUCUGACCGCUGUCACACAGAGACACAGUUCAACUUUGAGCUUUAACGCUUCAGCUGAACACCACGGCACCAGUGUCACCUGUAAGGUCAGCUUCACAGGAAACGCCGCAACAGAGGAGACAGUGACUCUGAACGUGACCUGGUUUUCAGAGAUCUUAAAAAACUCUAGAUGUGAGGUUCAGUCAGAGCUCCUGACCUGUGUGUGUAUCACUGAGGGGUUUCCUUUACCCACCAUCAAAUGGCCGCUGUUGAAGAACUACACUGAGUACUCAGUCAUUACCACUGUGACAAACCACACAGUCAAAAGCACCAUCAUGCUCACUGUAAAAGAUCAGAGCAACACUGUUGUUGAGUGUGUCAGCAGCAAUGAAAAUGAGGAAGCAAAGAUGAACCUCAACAUCAUAACUUCAGAGAAGCAAGAAGAUCAUCAUGGACUGAGUGUAGUGCCUUUCUUGACCAUUGCUGUUCUGUCUCUCAUUAUGAAUGUCACCUUCAUAAUCUGCUUCGUGUUCCUUUGGAUCUCAAGAAAAAAGGUGAAACCAAACCAGGAGGACAGAACUUAUAUGUCACUGCAGAAAACAGACAGAUCACCUGAAUAUGAUGUUAUUGGCCAGACUCUGAACUGACAAGUGUAAUAGGAGGUGGUACCAAUCUCUGGGUUUUGAGUAAACAGACCGUUCAGUUAAAUCAUAUUUUCAACAUGAGUAAAGUUUUAUGAAUAUAGCAGUUAAAUGUAACUGUAGCUUAUGUUUUGCAUUAUAAAGUAUGAUUCUUUUUAUGUUAUAUAAUUUACAUUUUUUUAUUAUACAAGGAAAGCUGGUGCAUGCAAUAUUUUGCAAUACUUUGCUUCCAUUCAUACACCACACAUCCUCACUCCUGAGAGAUUUCCAGUACAGUCACAGUCAUCCAUUCUAACUGGGAUUUAGUUUGCAGAUAUAAAACAGGCAUUUUAAAGUCAAAUUACAUCAGAUUUUAAAUUUAGUUGUAUCAUGGUAUGAGAGGAAAUUGCGGUUGCACAUUUAUCUUUGAUAAUGUCUGGAAUGAAGACUCUGUACUCUCCCUGAAAAGCAGGGAAUCUUUGAAGUAUGUGUAAUUGCUGGAGUCAAUAAAAGCCAUUAUAAUA